AUGAAAACUUUCAUUUUCUUCAUUCUCCUCUCUGCUACAGUAAUCUACGGCUCCACUGUAGCAUACAGAGUCCGUCGGAAUGUCGCAAUCGGUCUGAGAAACGGGGAUUUCGGCGACGAAAGCGUCGGAUAUCGUGGGGCAGAGCAGCCGCGAAAUCCGCACGUCUCCGUAGAUGGUCCGGAUCCAUCCAGCCCUCCAAUGGGAUCGCCAAGCAGUCGAAAUGGACGAUGGGAAAUUAGGGGAGACACGGGCAAGCCGCCGGUCGAAGGGCAUGACGACAGAUUUGAUGUCGAUUUUGGCGAUCAUAGAGAACAUAGAAGAACAACAAAAUGUUUGAGAGAAUGCGUGGAUCUGACGAUCUACCUGGCCAAAGAGUCCGUUGACAGGAAGUUCAUUGGGACUUGCAGGUAAGUGAGUAAAAUUUUCUUAACAUUUGGGGUAAGAUAUCACGUUGUCGGUAGAAUAAUGAGCUCCCUGUCGCAACGAAAAUCGCAUCGCCGGCCAGAAAGUGAAAUGUGUUGCGGCAAAAUCGGAUUCUUUUCACUUCAGCGAUGCAGCCGGCACAGCGACAUUGUGCUCAUUAUUUUCCCGACAGAUUAUGUUAAAUCAACCGCUUUUGUGGGUCAAUGGUCGGUUCUUAAAAAAGUCAUCGCCGUUACAGACAAUGCUAAAAAUUUAACGUUUAUUACAAGCCCCACAUUUUUUAAAAUGUCUUUACAAGGGAAGUGCUCCAACUAAAAUUUAAUCCAACUCUUGUUUAACACAAUGCCAAUGCGGAAACAUUUAAUUUAGGUUUACAGGGGAAGUACUCCAAGUGCGACGCUCAGAUUUUGAUGAAACUUGGCACAAAUUUAGAAUAAUUUUUUCUAAGAUAUAUGCGAGAAUCCUAGCUUGCGCUUUGCAGAAACAACCGAGAUUUUUAGAUCGAAAGUCGGCAAAAAUUUAGGACUUUUUGCCGAAUUUCGGCACCAAAAGUAUCAUGCCGAUUUCUACCGUAAAGGAUAAUGUUUCUACAAAAAAUCAAAUUUUUCCGCACGAAAAAGUUAUGGCCAAAAAGCGUGUUUCUCUCGGACCGCUCUCCACGUUUAGCGUGCUCUCUCGGCGGCAAAAAUCGUUCGAUAUCUCGGCGGCGCCGGCAAAGCGCGGGCUAAAACUUUUAGGAAUUGAUAUUUAGUCCAUACCCCAUGUGUGUGCAGAAUUUAAAGAAAAUCAGAAAAUCUGGGCGCCGCACUUGAAGUACUUCCCCUGUUAGUUUCAGAAUCUCCGUCUCCUUUCUUAAACUCUGCAACUACAAUUUUUUUAACCUUUCAGACGCUAUCAGCAAGUUCAACGCUGUGUUAACGGCUGCUUCAGCGCUCGCACUGACACCCAAGAAAUCAACAAACUCUGCUCCUCGUCCAGCGAAGAGGCAUGGGCCAAACACCAACAAUGCUAUGAAGAAUUGGCCGACAGGGUUAUGAAAGAGUGUCAUCAAAAAUGCGCUUGGAAUCCGUACAAUGCCCACGGCAGGAGGGAAAAUGAGAAGGGUUGCCGGUGAGAGUGUUUUAUUUUAUUUUAUCAAUCUGUCGGGAAAAUAAUGAGCACAAUUGAAAAUCGCUUCGCCGCUGGAAAAAUGAAUUGUGUCGCAGCAAAAGCAACUUUUUUUCUAUUUCAGCAACCCGAUCGGCGCAGCGGCAUUGUUCUCAUUAUUUUCCCGACAAACUGAUACGCAUUUUUACUCUUCAUUUUUUUGGACUUUAGCGGACUCGGCUGUAUGGCGCAAUGCGUAAAAGAAACGUUGAAUGGUCAUUGUGACGGAGCCGGUGAUGGACUGGAGAAGGUGCUUUACUCACCAUUUGAUGCGCUGCAAAAGAACAGACAACUUCGGCGCGCUUUUACUGAAGUUAUAAACACCCAUUCAGAAUGCAGGGAAUUCAUUUCGCGAGAGGCAAGUCUUUGUCAGCAUUUUUAGAAAUGAAUUGUUAAUUUUUCAGAACGUUGAACCCAACAAAGGAAAGUCUCCAUUUUAA